AUGCGGCUUCCAGCUCUCAAGACGCUGGCCUUGCUGCUGCCGGCCGUGGCAGCAGUGGCAGCCCAAGAUGCCUCUUCCUCGAUGUCUGCUUCAUCUGCUUCCAUGACGGGCUCGAGCACCGCUUCGUCUGCGUCCGGAUCGAGCUCGCUCACCAGCACCGCCACCGCUUCCGCGAGUUCGAGCGGAACAGCCACCUCGGGCGGCGCUGCUUCCAGCUCCUCGGUCAAUCCGCUCACCGAGAAGCCGCCUGCAGCCGUUCCUUCGGCGACCACGACGCCGUCGGCCAUGAUUCCUUCGGGACCCUUGCCUCCGUCGCAGGAGCUGUGCACCUCGCCCAUCUACUGCCCUGGCCCGCUGCUCCAGGCGGUGCAGCUGGCUGGCAUCUUUGAGGACAGCAAGACGUUCGUCGACAAGGCCACCUCGAAGCCCGAAUCCGAGGUGCUCGACAACUUCAACAAGCUCGGCGGCGGCAACACCAGCAACAUCACCUACGAAGAGAUCGUGCAGUUCGUCGAUGACAACUUUGUCGCCGAAGGAGUCGAGCUUGUGCCCGCUGACCUGGGCGAAGAGUUUGUUCAAGACCCCGAGUUCCUGCAGGGCGUCGAGGACGAGGUGGUGCGCGACUGGCUCAAGCAGGUGCACUCGUACUGGGAGCUGCUCGCACGCACGACCAACUCGUCGAGCCCUUCGGGCGUCCAGUGCGACGGCUGCGUCAGCUCGUUCAUCCCCUUCAACGAGAGCCGCGUCUUUGUCGUUCCCGGCGGCCGCUUCCGAGAGCUUUACUACUGGGAUACGUUCUUUGUGAUUGAAGGUUUGAUCACCUCGCAGCUCCAGUCGGUCGUCAAGGCGAUCCUCGAGAACUUUGGCGACCUGAUCGACCGCCUCGGCUUCAUCCCCAACGGCAACCGUGUCUACUACGAAAACCGAUCGCAGCCACCCUUCUUCACGCUCAUGAUCGACAAGUACAUCGAGGCGUACAACGAUACGUCGGUGCUGCAGCGCUUCCUUCCGCUUCUCGAGAAGGAGAUGGAGUUCUGGAGGAACAACCGCACCAUCGAGUUCACCUCGCCCUUCACCAACAACACGCACAACAUUACGCACUACAAGGUCGACACCUCGGCACCGCGCCCCGAGAGCUACCUCGAGGACUACAAGACCGUCGAGGAUGCGUCCGAGUCGGGUCUGGAGCUCAACGACACGCAAAAGGCGCAGCUGUACUCGGACCUCGCCUCGGGUGCCGAGAGUGGCAGCGACUACUCGGGCGCGCGAUGGUCGAAGCGUCCUACCAUCAACCUCACCGACACCAUCCCUGCGCAGCGAUUCCUCAACACGGCCCAGCAGCUGCCUGUGGACCUCAACGCCAUCUUGUUCGCAUGCGAGCAGAAGCUCUCGGCCUUCUACAAGGUGUCGGGCAACGGUACUCAGAGCAACAUGACGCGGGCCAACUAUUGGGCACAGCAGGCGCAGGCUCGUAAGCAGGCGGUGCUGGACGUCUUCUGGGACCCGAGCCGGAAGUUCUUCUACGACUUCAACGUGACUCUGGGUGACCGUGCGCCGUACUACACCCCGGCUGGCUUCUUCCCGCUCUGGGCGCAGAUCCUGCCGCAGGAGUUUGUCAACGAGACCAUCAGCCUCGACCAGCGCAGGCAGAAUCUGCAGGGCGUCUUUUCGGGUCUGCGAUACAUCAUUGAUCGAUUCAACGGCACGAUUCCUGCCUCGCUCGUCACGACGGGUCAGCAGUGGGACUUUGCCAACGCCUGGCCUCCGCACACGUACAUUGCGCUCGAGGCGCUGCGCAACCUGCCCGACUCGCUCUCCGCGGGUCCGCAGCUUCCGGCUGAGAACGGCACGUUUGCACUCAUCCCCAUGACCAACGGCACGAACCAGCUCGGUCAGACGCAGGACAGCCUGCCCAUCCAGCCCAUCGAGUACCAGCCGGGCAGCAUGAUCAACGAGACCCAGGCGGGCGCUACCGACCCGAACAAUCCGGAGCAGGAGCUCAACCCGAUCAUGAACGUAGGCAACUCGACUACGGGCGAGAGCUGGCGCGACGAGCUCGUGCGGGAGCUCGCCAACCGCUACGUCGCGUCCGCCCUGUGCUCGUGGAGGGCUACGGGCGGAAAGCUCAACACGACCGACCCCAACUUCCAGGCGGUGCCGGACGAUGUGCUGACCGCCAACGGCCUCAACGCCUCCACCGCCAUCGGCAACAUGUUUGAGAAGUUCAACGCGAGCGAUAUCAACGCUGCCGGCGGCGGCGGUGAAUACGAGGUCCAGGUUGGCUUUGGUUGGACCAAUGGGGUGGCUAUCUGGCUCGGUGGCCAGCUGGGUGCCAACUUGACCAGGCCAGAGUGUCCGCCCGUCGUAGCGCAGAAUACGACGUCGAGCGAGUAG